UAUUACAUACUCUUUGGUUGAUUAUUGAAGAAAUGUCAAAAGCUUUUAAAUUUUAUUUUUCUUUUCAACAUUAUUUAUAUUUAUAAUAUCACUAUUUCAAAUCGUGAAAGUGAAUCACAUAUUUUUUUAAAAGUGCACCGUGUAUUGUUGAGAUCACCGGAGCCUUUGGACCGCAAGAAGAAUUGUCGCCUAUUACAGCUGCUAAGCUCCUGUUGUUCUUCACAUACCUGCAUGUAAUAAUGACUGCUGAAGAAGAUGAUAGCACCUGGUUGAUUGAGCUGGAAUCUGGUCUUCUAGAUGGGUGCACUCCACGAGAAAUAAAUGCAAUUACUAAAGGAAAAAGGAUACCGGAAAGCUUAAGGCCUGAUGUCUGGUUAGUCUGCCUCAACUGUCAGGAUACUGGUAAUCAGUUGCUUCUGUUCGAUGAAAUAUUUGAUUUAACUAAUCAGAAUGAAUUAAGAGAUGAUGUUAAAAAGUUUGCAACAAGACUUGAUAAUGAUGAUGAUGAGAAACUAUCAGUUAUUUCUGACAUUGAAUCUAUUAUUACAUUUCACUGUAAAUCAAAAUCUAUCACAUACGCUUCUAAUAAUGGCUGGAUUGAAAUAUUGUUUCCAUUGCUGAGCUUGAAAUUGAACAAGGCUGAUACAUAUAAUUUAUUUGAAAAGAUUCUAAAAUUGUACAUUCCGAACGGAUGUGUAUCUAAUGGAGUACCGUUCCAUAUAUUACGAUUGAUAAUUCAGUACCAUGACCCAGAGCUUUGUUCAUUUUUAGACACCAAAAGAAUAACACCUGAACAGUAUUGCAUGCCUUGGCUUAGGUCACUAUUUUCUGGUACAUGCAAUUUGGAGGUGGUGCUUUUUAUGUGGGACUUGUAUUUCCAGAGAUCGGAUCCAUUUUUUAUAUUUUUCCUCUGUCUUAUUAUGAUUAUAAAUGCGAGAGAGCAUCUUUUGCAAAUGAAAAACGAAGAUAAGGCGUCAAUUAUUCAAACACUGCGUAAAAUGCCAGGGGACCUUGAUGCUAAUGAUGUGUCCGAUUUCUGUUCAUUAGCUCAUUACUACUCAUUAAAAACACCAGUGUCUUUCCGUGAAGAUGUGCUAGAAGUGUUAUUCUCAGAGAGUGGGUUGGAAAUAAACUCCAAAUUGUAUUCCCAAGCCCUUUGUCUUCCUGUAGCUGUCCACGAGUUGAUUGAAAGUGCAACUGUUGAUUCAGCAGAUGUGGAUGCUGUUAAGUUCUUUUUGGUUGACUGUCGUCCGGCUGAACAAUAUAAUUCUGGGCACUUGUCUACUGCCUUCCAUCUAGACUGUAAUUUGAUGUUACAAGAGCCUAAUGCUUUUAAUACAGCUGUUCAAGGAUUGUUAAAUGCUCAACGCCAGGCUUUAGCUGCGGGCUCUCUUGCUGCCGGUGAACAUUUAUGUUUCGUCAGUUCUGGCAGAACAGAAGAGGAUAGCUAUGCACACAUGGUAGUUGCAUCAUUCUUAAAAAGGAAUACUAAGCAUGUAUCAAUGUUGGAUGGUGGGUUUGUAGCAAUACACGAUUACUUUGGGCCUCAUAUGACUGAUUGUUUAGAAGAACAUAAUACCUCAAUGUGUUUGGUUUGUGCACCUAACAACAACAACACAGGAGUAAUCCCAUCAGUUAACAAACCUAGAGAUAACAUACCAUCUAUACAAUUGUUUAGUAAACUGUCUUCAGCUAUGAAGGCUAAGAGCCAGGAAGUUAAGGGGAAAUUGAUCGAAUACAUAGUUAAUCCUAAUUCCACAGUCAAUAACGGUGACUGGCAUGUGUCAGCGAAUGACAGAAAAGAAAAUAGAUACAGGAAUGUACCUCCUGUUUUUAGUAUUAACGAUGAAGAUGAGGAUUCACAUUCUGAUUUUCGCCGCGAUGUUUCGAACACAGAAUUUCUUGAUGAAAUUGUCGAAGUUGAAACAUUCCUCAAAGGACAGAGUAUUGUUGAUAACUUUCCAUGUCAGGAAGUUUUAUCGAACGGGUACAUGUUUGAAUCUUAUUUAGUAGUUACCGAAUCCCAUUUGAUAAUAUUACGGGAAAUACCAAAUAAAAAAGGGCUAGCUAAAGUUUUGUCAAGAAGGCCUCUCUCCACGAUAGUAAAAAUCACAGCCAAGAAGAGGCAUCCAGAACUAAUAACUUUUAAAUAUGGAAUACCAGAUGGUGAUAAUUUGUUGAUAAAAGAUAUGGACCGCUUCCUCAUUCCAAAUGCUGCUGUAGCCACUAAAGUUGUUUCUAAUCAAAUUGUUUCACAACUUGAUAGUAAAUUGCAAUAAACAACUUGUCUUAUUGUGUUACCAAGAAUUAGCUAGCGUCGCUAGUCAUGACUCACAACUUAAAAUUUCUAGUAUUCCGCAUGUAGUAACUAGUAGUAUGAAUUAGGUAUCUACUGUUAUCUUUCCGCAUUAAAUAAUAUCUACUUAUCUUUGUGAUAUCAAGUUAGUUGGAGUAGAUACAAGAUUUUUAAUUAGAUAAAGCCAAAAUGUCCAUCUAGUAAGUAUUUAUGUGCAAUUUUUUGUCUAUUAAACCAAUUAAUACAUAUUGUAUUUAUAUACAUAAUUAGGAUUUAAGAUAAUAGGCUAUUUCCAUUAGCUAAGCUAUUGAAUAAUGAGGUACAUACUUACAUUAUUUUGCUAUUGACUAGUGCACAUCUUUAAAGAAGUGACGAUUUUAAUAUUUACUGACCACAAUUUUAUUUUAGCAAAAUAAAUGUAGGACAUGUACUCUAAUUUUUUAUAGCAAAGUAGAAGAGCAAUUAGCUAACAUUGAUCGAGCGCCUACUUUUAUAUAAUUACAGUUAUGUUUGUAGCAUUUCAUUUCUCUAUUUAUAUACUUAAAUCUAUACUUUUUUGUAUAUUACGUGGAGCAUCAAUAUGUUAAGGUUUAUAAAUUAGAAAUUGCCAAAACCAGUUAGGCAACUAUUUUACAUAGGUACCUAUGGAAAACAAUGUCCUACUGAUAGAAAAAGCUUAGAAAAUUAUAAAAUAUAGUGUUUAUCAAAAAAAUCUAUGGGGAAAAUAACUGUCAGUAUGAAAACAAAAUGCGAAUGGUACAAAGUUUAUAUUUACUCAGGGUAUUUUCAACUGAAAUGUUUUUUAUUUGUUAUUAAGUGUUAUUUUUAUGAUUAUGUACCCAUCUAUUGCACAAUAUUAUUAUUACCUAUGCAGUCAAAAUAGCUUAAAGGAACCUACUACCAAUUGUGUAGGGUUUACAUGUAAUUUUUAUAUUUAUUUAUUAAAACUUAAUUUAACUUUGUAAGAUAUUUUCCGCUUGAAUUAACACGUUAAGUUCGGCGCAAAUAUUUAUGUAUGAAUAUCACUAAAUUUCCACAUCAGCUAUAGUAGGUAAUUAGAUAAUGCCCGCGACUUCGUCCGCGUGGAUAUAGAUUUUUUUAAAAUCCCGCGAGAACUCUUUGAUUUUCCGAAAUAAUUCAAUGUUAUAAAAUGUGUUAAUACUACUAAAUACUAAUCUAUCUCCAUUCCAUAGCCAAAUCGAUUCAGUCAAUGUGGCGUGGAGUAACAAAAAUCCCAAAAACCAAACUUUCACAUUUAUAACAGGUAUUAGGUACAUACAUUAGGAAUUACGAUGUGAUAUUGAUAACCCCUUCGACCUUAGAAUAAGAAGAUAUGCAAAGUAUACUAUACAGUGUGUUUUCUAAUUGGGAUAUUAUCGGGAAAUACAAAAUCAUAGGAGAUAGAGGGAAACUGUCUUAGAAACCUUAAAAAUCUUUUUUUGUGAAAAUAAUUUUGGCAUAGUCAAUUUUUUGGUCAAACUUGAGUUGCCCAUAAAAUCAAUGAAAUUGACUUAUUUUUUUUUAAUGCCGAUCGACUCAGUUUCAUGUAAGGAUCAUUUCUUUAUAUCGAAAUUAAAAAAUCGGGAUAGCAGAUGUUGGUCAAAAAGUAAAUGUUUUUGAAAUUGAGUUGAUCGGAAUUCAAAAAAAAUUAGUCAAUUUCAUUGAUUUUAUGGACAACUCACGCUUGACCAAAAAAGUGACUAUGCCAAAAUUGUUUUCACAAAGUGGUGCAGGGCAUAAUGCUGAGCUGAACACCCAUUUGGGUCUGGUGUCACAGAUCAAAAUGUACAUUUGUAUGCUUUGUUUUAUCUGUGACACCAACAACAAAUAAAUGCAUUUUUCUUUCUUUUCUGUAUCUUCUAUAGUUUUGGAUUUCCCCAUACUGUCCCAGUUAAAAAACAUACUGUAUACCUAUUAGGCACUUUUAUCGUGCCAAAAUAUAAUCAACCAUGGCGGUAACGGCCAUAUAAAAAUAACAUUCUUCUAACGGGGGGGGGGGGGGGGGGGGGGUGUUGCACUAUCAAUAUUGUACCUAUCGCGAUUCAUGGAUCGGAGGAUUUCAAGAACAUUCGGAUACCUAAGUACCUUGCGAUCCUAUGAAUGCCAUCAAUAUUUCCUCAAUACAGGAUCGCGACAUCGCGUAUCUCGAGAUUAUGUUUAUAGUAUAACAGUAUAAUUUGUUAAUUUCUGUGUUGUUUGUUGUUGGUGUAUAAUUUGUCGGUCCGUGAGAGGAAAUACUUUGUGGACCUACCUACUUAUGUAGUUAAGUACAAUUGGGCCAAAUGCCGAUCCUCUGGUACGCUACCAAAAACUUAGGGUUAUUAUUUUACUACCUAAACAAAAUCCAAUGCCAAUAACCAUUUGUCUUAUUUUGUAGUUUUAGUGAUUUUGUUUUUUCAAACCUAACCUACGACGCGAUUGACCCCGAGCGGCCUAUUUACGUAACGUUCGUUGACCUCUAGCACCAUUCAGAUGUUUUAUUUGCAAAUAUUGUGAACUUUUAAAAAUACAGGAUUUAAAAUAAAAAAAAUACCAGUAAUCAUUAGUACUAUCACAUCUCUUCUGUUUUUGGUAGCGUUCUGAUUACACCUUGUAUAUAAAAUAAAUUAUUAAUUUAUCAAUGAAUAAAAUAAUCCUUCAAAACAGUCUGAUCACAUGUUUUCAACUUCAGUUUGAAGCGCGUGUGGUAAGACUGUACCUACCUACUUAGGUAUUUAUCUACUUAAUACAAAGGAAGGUAGUUACGUACAAUUAUUGUAUCUACCAUUCCUUCUUAAGGCCGGCGUACAUAUGGCGUAGCGCAGCGCAGAGCAUUUUUCAGUCAAAAUAUUAUCGACAUUGAAAUAAUAUCUAAAAUCAAUUAUUGUGCAUCCGUGCGGAUACUCGCGCAUCCGCGCGCAGUCCCGCGCGUGCUCGCGCAUUCUCUGGUAGAAAUUCCCGUAAUGUGUCACGCGAUUAGAAAACUUCGCGGGCAUGCUCUGCGCUGGGCUCCGUCAUAUGUGCGCCGGCCCUUACACGGCUUGUUUCUGUUGAGUUUGUUGUCGUACUUUGUUAUAGCACCAUACCCUCUUUUUAUAUGCCGCUUCUGUUUUAAGGCUGAAAUAUUCAACUAGGUAUCAACUACACAACUAUUGAACAAUUUAAUUUUGCUUUGGAUAUUUACUGAAAAAGUCGUACUUAUAGAUAUUUGUAGUUGCUACACAAGUGUAAUAUAAUUAGAUCUCUAUAAAGAAAUUAUUUAUAUUUCUCAUUCCAAUAAAGUAUUGUCUAUUCAAA